UUACAACAAGCCGUUUAUUCGAGUGUGCAGCAUGUGAGAGAUUUCACCGGUGGUUUUCUCAUUCAACAUGGCCAGAAAUGAGCAUGUUUCUUGCGGUAGAGAUUUAAGUUGUGUGCCAGAUAUAUCAAGUUCUACACAAAUUGCAUCAGCAGCUGGGUUUGAUUUCAUUGCUGUACCAAUUGUCCACCAACGGUUUAAACGAGAGUUUUUGGAAGGGAAAUCUAAAGACAGACCAGGGGCGUUUACUCGUUCGGAUUUGCUCCUUUCAAGCCAAGACUGGAGCUCCGUAAUUGUUGGCAAGAUCUCGCCAUGGCUACAGCCAGACUCGCACGACGACACAAUCCGCAAGAACUCAGAGCAUGCAUUGAAACAAGAGCUCAUGUAUGCUGCUCAUUUGACCAUGCCAGCUGUUUUGGUGCCUCUAACUAGUUUUAACUGCACCAACUUAGGACGGUGCCUUUACAGUCAUCUCCUGGGACAUAGUAACCAUCAGGUUUGGAUCCGCGUACCCAUGAUCGCACCAGCAACAACUCGUCAAGACAUAAUUGAGAAUGAAGCGCCCCCAUCUCAUGUUUUUGACAAGCCCUCCCCUGUGUAUGAUACAUGGUCAUGGUGGAACCGACUCAGACGAGUGUGUAAUCAUCAUAAACGCCUAGCUGUUGCUCUUGAAAUAUCUGUCGAUCUUCCUCCACCAUCAAUACUCGAACGAUGGUAUGGUGAACCCAUCAAAUGUGCAAUUAUUUCAACAAAUAUAUUCUUGACCAACAAGAAGGGCUACCCAGUACUGUCCAAAGCACAUCAGAAUGUUGUACUCAGGUUUUUUAAACUGGAAGUCCAGGUGAUGGUAUCCGGAACCAAUCGACAUCCAGAUAAAGGUAUCAAAGCCUACUACCAAUAUCUUGAACACCUGCGUUCUCAGAUGCCUCCACUUACAGGUGUUGAUGCAUUUGCUAAGGGAUAUGAAGAUUAUUUGCAAUGCCCUCUACAGCCACUGUCUGAUAACCUUGAAUCUCAAACCUAUGAAAUAUUUGAGAAGGAUCCAGUGAAGUAUACCCAGUACCAGAAGGCUGUUUACACAGCCCUGCUAGAUCGAGUCCCUCCUGAAGAAAAGGACACCACUGUAUCUGUAGUCAUGGUGUUGGGUGCAGGAAGAGGCCCUCUAGUGACAGCAUCUUUGCGAGCUGCCGAGCAAGCCCAACGCAAGAUCAAAGUAUAUGCUGUGGAGAAGAACCCAAAUGCUGUUGUUACAUUGCAAGCUCUUCAGGAUGAAAUGUGGGCAGACCAUGUGACAGUGGUCUUCAAAGACAUGAGAGAGUGGGAGGCACCAGAGAAGGCAGAUAUCAUAGUCAGCGAGCUGCUAGGCUCAUUUGGUGACAAUGAGCUCUCGCCAGAAUGCUUAGAUGGAGCGCAGAAAUUUCUAAAAGAUAAUGCUAUUAGUAUUCCAGCCAUGUAUACAUCGUACCUUAGUCCAGUCAUGUCUCAUAAACUCUACAAUGAGGUUCGACUUUGCAAGGAAAGAGACAAGCCACAAGAUGCUCAUUUUGAGACGCCGUACGUAGUGAGGCUACACAACGUAAACGUUCUCGCCAAUGCUGCUCCCGUGUUCACCUUUUGUCAUCCUAGGAAAGAUAUGAAAGACAACAAACGCUAUAAAUGUCUAGAAUUUGAAAUCAAGGAAAGUUCUGUACUGCACGGAUUUGCUGGCUAUUUUGAUACAGUAUUAUAUGCUGAUAUCAAGCUAAGUACAGAGCCGUCAACAUACUCAGAUGGUAUGUUUAGCUGGUUUCCAAUAUUCUUUCCAAUUAAGGAUGCUAUUGAUGUAAAGAAAGAUACCAAGUUGCAGGUUCACUUUUGGCGGAAUGUAACAACGCGCAAUGUAUGGUAUGAAUGGUGCGUGACGGAGCCAGUCAUCACACCGAUCCACAACAUCAACGGACGUUCCUACACCAUAGGAAUGUGAUUAAUCAUGCACUGUAGGUCAAAGCUCAACAGUUUCUUUAUUGCUGGGACCUGAAUGUAUUUCUGCCUAGAAGUAAAACAUAGUGACCUGUAAAACCUUGUUCUUUUCUUAAGCAAUUUUAUUCAUAUAAUUGAUUUUGUUUAUGGAUACAGGUAUAGCAUCUUUCUUAUGUGGAAAUUUAUAUUUGACUAUCAUUUUUAAUUAUUAUUUUAAAUUAUUUUGUAUUUGAAACAAUUUGAAAUGAGAAUUUUGGUCAACUUUUAUAAUUGGCUAUUAUUUUUAUUAAUUUGUUUAAAAUUAUUUUGUAUUUGAAACCAUUUGAAAUGAGAAUUUUGGUAUAAAAUUAUUAUUUGAUUGGUGCUAUAAGUAUUGGUGUAUUAAUGAUUUCAUAUUUAAUUUUAUUAUUCCUAAUAUUAUUUUCCCUUAGUAUCUGAAUUUAAUUUACUCUGGACUGAAAAGCUCCAAAUUCAAUUGAUGCUUUAACAAAUUUAAUCCAUUCACAGAACUCACCCCCCCCCCCCCAUUUUUAUUUUAAGAAGUUCUACUAUUUUCUAAUAUUAUGUUUUAUUAUUAUUUAGAAUUUCUAUGCUGAGUCUGGAAAGAAAAUUGACUCUAUUCUGAAAUCUCCAAAUUUUGACCCACUUUGGUAUAUAAUCUUUAUCAAUGUUCUUCCAUUUCUUUUGUGUAUUAUGUUUUACCAUUGUUGCAAUUAUGUAUUUAGUCAUCGUCUGCAUAUAAUAUUUAUAAAAUUCCGACACCAUAUAUGAGUAUAUUUAUUCAUGAAAAAGCCAAGUCCUGCAAACUGUUAAAAAGGUUCAUUGUGACAAAAUAGGAGUAAAAAUAAGCAAUCUUUUCUAUAAUUCUCCAUAUUAGGCCUUAAAAGGUAAUUUUUACUUCAAACCAAUUAACUUGCCUUUCAAGGAAAAGCACUACUCUACAUAUAUAUGAAUAUUUAUGGUGUGAAAGAGCUUGUAAAACUGUUACUGUGAUUGUGUUUUACUUUUUCAGAGCAAAGCUUUGAGUGUAACUUAUUCAUUGUGUCCGAUAGAGAGCCUCAAUAUGAGUAAGACUUAAGUUGGCUUUAUGCAACAGUAUGGCUUCUUUAGUCUGAGUCUUUAGUGUAGUUUCUGUAAUAAUUCCUCUAUUAGGCAUAAUAAUAAUACUGUAAUAACAAUAUGAUGAUAAAAGUGAUAAUAUCGUAAUAUUAAUAAAAGUGGGGUAGCUAUGUUAGUAUGAAUAUACAGUCAGUAAAAAGUCAGACACCACUUUUAAGACUAACAAAAUAUAAUUCAUUGAACAUGAUCUGUCAUUCACAGUGAACAUCUUCAUGGGCUGAUUGCUAUUAGCGGUUUUUAGACAAUCUUAACCAGUUUGCCAUCCUAGUUUAAAAGCCUACUUGGAAGUAGGCCUAAAUCAUUCUUAAAUCAUUUUCAUCAUGGCAUUACAGGUGCUAGACAAAUGCCUAGAUCGUGAGAGACCGAGAAUCGAACGAUGAAUAUUCGGCAAGCUUCUCAGUGUCGGUAAAAGUGGUCUAUGCUUAUUUACGUUCAUUUUGAUACAUGUACAUGUGUUGAGCAUGCGCGAAGUAUGUAUAAAAGCGCCCUCAAUUUUAUGUUACCAUUGAGUGCGUUUCAAAUGUGAAGACCGUUUUAAAGCAAUGGUCUUAGCGGAGUGACUUUAGUAAGAUCGUCUAAGUGAUAAAGCCGGCUAUAUUUGAAGAGCUAAGACUACCAGUUACGACCGUUUUAUAGCAUUCUACUCCAGGUGACAGUCACCUGUGUGAGCUUGUGUUUAAUAGAUCAUAUUUUCUUAGUGUUAGAAGUGCUGUCUGUUUAAACAUCUGUCAUACGUCGGCUAAAAAAAUCUUUGCUUCGUGAGCGCUUGAUAAUGUAUUGUCGACUUCUGAUUGACAGUGGCAUGACUGAACAAAUCUUCCUUAAAAACUAUCUGUUGCGUGCACCUUGUUGGCGUUGCAUUCUCUAUGGAGUUGUAUUGGCCAAUGACUGAUUGUGCCUGUCUUUACUGAUUGUAGUAAUAAUAUUAAUACUGUAAUUAUUUAAUAAUAAUAAUAAUAAUACUGUAAUAUUAAUUACCUUUUAAUACUGUAAUAUUAAUAACAAUUAUGUCAUCACAUGUUGUUCCAUUCAUAAAUAUGUUUAUAUAGGUUGCAGUUUAAGCUUUCCAGUUUACCUCUGUUUCUCCCUGCCCCACAAAGAAGGUUUGCCAAUUUAUGGAUCCCAUGAUCAGAAGUAGUAAUAAAUCCUUGUAUCUUUAGUCCAAAGGCGCAUUGUAAAUUCCCAUAUUAAAAUUGUAUUAUUUUCAUGGUAA